GCACAUUUCCUUUCUAUUUCCUCUGCAGGUACAUGUAUACCCUGUGCCCAUUCAAUACGGUCUCACAAAAGAGCACAGAAGGAACAGAGGUCUCAUUAGGGUUGUGGGGGAUGUGGGCAGGACCAGCAAAGAACCGCUACAGUCAGAUGGUGUAUGAGAACGGAGAGCCGUGCUGGCAAGGAGGAUCUCGCACUACCUCUGUCACUCUGACAUGCGGAACGGAGACAGGCCUGCGAUCGGUGAAGGAACCCAGCAAAUGCCAGUACAUCAUGGACUUUGAGACUCCAGUGGCCUGUCAGCCGGUGCUGAAGCAGAGGGGCGUGCACAGCGAACUGUGACCUCCCCUUCCCUUUGCCGCCUUAGCCUGGAAUAACUUGGACCCCUGCCCUUGUUGGCUUGCCCCACAGUGACAGGCCGGGGUCCUGAGGGUCCCCUCUGACAUCUGUGUUGUCAGAACGUGUAUACUUCCAAGCAAGUUUGACUGAGGUCAGAAAGUAAUUUUUUUUUUUUUUGUAAUGAUGUUCCAUGAACACUUUUACUGUGGUUUGCAUAGACUGUUACUUUGCUAUUUUAUAACCAUUCUGUGCUUCCAUAUAGCGAUUACCGACACAUUUCUGAGACAGGAACGUUUGUGAAAUAGUUCGGUUUCAUUACCAAACAGAGCAAUAUUACAAUAAAUGAUUUCAUAAAGUCAGGCCAGUCAGGUUAAUAUAGUUGCGAAUACAACCGCCUACUUUCGACGGUGGCUUUGUCUUUCUUCUCGAUUGUAGAGUUCGCUUUAUUAUAGCCUUUAUUUAAUAUCAGAAGAAGAAAUCUUGAUAUAUCGUCAUACAUGUAUAAAUAAAAUAGUUAUAUUUUAAAAUCACCAAAAAGACCAAAAUCAAAAAAAAAAAAAAAAAGAGUCAUAAUCAGCAGACAGAAUGUUAAUAUCAAGAGUUCAGUUUUUCUUUUCCCCGACUGAAAUUUGUAGGAUUUCCAGUCACUUUUAGUCAGUUUUAAAGUAUCGAUGCCAAAGUUUAUGUUGAAUCAGAUGGGAUGGCCGGAUUGUAAAUGUUAGAUGUUUGGACAAGCGGCUGAUGGAUCAGUUUAGCUCCAACUUUGGUUUGUGUAAUUCUACUACCACACAUUUAUUUAGGUCAGAUCUCUUAAUAUUAAAAAUGAAAGAAACUGUCUAAUUCAACAUUAAUUUAAUGUACCUCUCUGUGUCAAGAGCUGACGAAUCUGGUUUAUUUAGCAGUAAACAAGACUUUUUGGUCUUCAGAGGCUCAAAUAUGUAAAUCUGUUACUUAUUUACAUUUUUAAAAAGGCCUGGAGGCUGAGAUCCAGCAGGGAAGGUCAGAAAGUAUUCAGGAACGCACAAAAACUUCUCAGUAUGUCCAUCAGAUGGUAAAGUUGUUGCAGUACUUUCCACUUACACUUGAGAAAUGAAAUAUUUGUAACUGUAUAUUAUAGAAAGUGAUUACGUUACACAUAAUUGCUGUAUUAAAGUUUUAUUUCUAAACAG